AAACUAAAAAAUGUGUCUAUCUUGAUGAUUUUAUGCUUAAACGAGGAUGUGCAAACUAUGACAACAAUGGGGUUUAUGAGGAAAAAGUCAACACCAGUCUCCGUCAUCAUUCAUUAUUUCAUUUGGUGUUUUAUACAGCUGCUGUUCGCCGACCUAAAACGACUUCCGUUUGCUUCCUUUUCUUCCCUCCUAGGCUACUACUAAAUAUAAAAGAGUAAGAGUUGAAGUUGAAAGGUUAUGAAGAAGAUGAUGAUGGGAGUAAAGGAAUGCUUAUUGGCCUUGUGGCUAUGGUGUGGUUGUCUCCUUCUUCUUGCUUCUGACUCUCCUGUUACCGAUCCUUCUGAAGUUAGUGCGUUGCUUGCGGUGAAGACGCAGUUGGUUGAUCCCUUGAACCGUCUCAGAAAAUGGAACAAAGGGGACCCUUGUACAUCCAACUGGACUGGAGUUGAAUGUUCUGAUCAUCAAGGCAAUGAUGGAUACUUACAUGUUGAGGAACUUCAGCUGCAAAAUAUGAAUCUCUCUGGAAUUUUAGCACCCGAACUCGGCCAACUUUAUCAUCUCAAAAUACUAGAUUUCAUGUGGAAUGAUUUAACGGGUAGUAUACCCAAGGAGAUAGGACAUCUCUCUACCUUAAGACUCCUACUCUUGAAUGGGAACAACCUUUCAGGUUCUUUGCCAGAUGAACUUGGCUACCUCCAACAACUGGACAGAUUUCAAAUAGACCAGAACAACCUAUCUGGUCAAAUACCAAAAUCAUUUGCUAACUUGAGCAGUGUGAAACAUCUCCACUUCAACAACAACUCACUUAGUGGUCAAAUUCCCCUUGAGCUGUCUCUAUUAUCCACUUUGCUUCAUGUGCUUUUGGAUACUAAUAACUUAUCUGGAUAUCUUCCAUCAGAGUUUUCGAACUUACCAAAUUUGCGCAUACUUCAACUUGAUAACAACAACUUUAGUGGAUAUGAUAUUCCAGCUUCUUAUGGGAACUUUUCCAAAUUAACAAAAUUAAGUCUUAGAAAUUGCAGCUUGCAGGGAGCAGUUCCUGAUCUUAGCAGGAUACAGAACCUUAGCUAUCUGGAUCUCAGCUGGAAUCAUCUUACUGGACCUAUACCAUCAAAUAAGCUUUCUCAUAAUAUGACAACCAUUGAUCUUUCAUAUAACCAACUAAACGGAUCUAUUCCUGGAAGUUUCUCGGGCCUUCCUUCACUUCAGACCCUAUCACUACAGAAUAAUUUCCUGACAGGUCCUGUACCUACCAACAUAUGGCAGAACAUGUCCUUCGAUGCUAGCGCUAAGCUUAAUAUUGAUCUCAGAAACAAUGCAUUCUCAAGGAUUGAAGGAAAUCUUAAUCCUCCAGUGAAUGUUACCCUCAGGCUUGGAGGCAAUCCUGUCUGCCGAAAUGCGAACUCAUUGAAUAUAAGCCUGUUCUGUGGAUCUGAAUCCGGAGAGGAUGACAUGCCAAACUUAAAUAGCUCCAAAAUGGAAUGCACAAGUCAAUCAUGCCCCAUGGGCUACGAAUAUAUCCCAGCAUCUCCCGUUCCAUGUUUCUGUGCCGCUCCUCUUAGAAUCGGAUAUCGUCUAAAGAGCCCCAGUUUUUCUUAUUUUCCUCCAUAUAUCCGACCUUUUGAGGUGUACUUGACUAGUUCUUUGAACUUCAACCUAUAUCAACUGUAUAUUGAUUCGUACGUUUGGGACAAAGGACCACGUCUAAGGAUGUAUUUGAAGCUUUUUCCUAGUGUCAAUAGUACCCCCUUUAAUAGUUUUAAUGAAAGCGAAGUUCGGAGAAUCAGGGACAUAUAUGCAUCAUGGUCUUUUCGUGGUAGCGACUUCUUUGGACCAUAUGAGUUGCUCAACUUCACUCUACUAGGACCUUAUGCAAAUAUUGACUUUGGGAGUGAAAAUAAGGGUAUCAGUACGGGCAUUGUGGUAGCGGUUGUAGUUGGUGGUGUUGCCUGUGCAGUUGCAACUUCUGUUAUCAUAACAAUUAUAAUGAAAAGAAGAUAUGCUAGACACCACCGUGCAGUGUCAAGGAAACGCUUAUCUACAAAGGCUUCUAUGAAAAUUGAAGGAGUGAGAGACUUUACGUUUAAAGAAGCGGCACUUGCUACUGACAAUUUCAAUAGCUCAACUCAAGUUGGACAAGGAGGAUAUGGAAAAGUGUAUAAAGGCACUUUAUCUGACAAAACAGUUGUUGCCAUAAAACGUGCAGAAGAAGGAUCUUUGCAAGGACAAAAAGAAUUUUUGACAGAGAUAAAGCUUUUGUCAAGGCUGCAUCACCGGAACCUGGUUUCACUCGUUGGAUACUGUGAUGAAGAAGGGGAACAGGUACAUAACGUAUACUUAAUCAAAGGUAUAAUUCAUACGCUUGGGUUAUUGGUGCAUUUGCAGAUGUUGGUGUACGAGUUCAUGCCCAAUGGCACCUUGAGGGACUGGCUUUCAGCUAAAGCUAAAAACACCCUGAAUUUUGGAAUGAGAUUACGUAUUGCACUGGGUUCAGCGAAAGGAAUUCUUUAUCUCCAUACUGAAGCAAAUCCUCCAGUAUUCCACCGAGAUAUCAAAGCCACCAACAUUCUUCUGGACUCCAACCUUAAUGCAAAAGUUUCUGAUUUUGGUCUCUCACGGUUAGCUCCAGUCCUGGAAGAAGACGGGACUGUGCCGGAUCAUGUUUCCACGGUUGUGAAGGGAACACCGGGUUACCUUGAUCCAGAAUACUUUUUGACACAUAAGUUGACUGACAAAAGUGAUGUUUAUAGCCUUGGAGUUGUUUUCUUGGAACUGUUGACGGGUAUGCAUCCAAUAUGGCAUGGCAAAAACAUUGUCCGAGAGGUGAAAACAGCAUAUGAAUCAGGCAUGGUAUUGUCUAUAAUAGACAGUAGAAUGGGUUGGUAUCCAGCUGAAUGUAUGGAGAGAAUGGUAAGUUUAGCCCUGAGUUGCUGCAAUGACGAGCCAGAGAAGCGACCGUCUAUGUUGGAUGUGGUGAGACAACUGGAAUACGUACUCAAAAUGAUGCCGGAAACUGAUUCGGUUUCUUCAUCAAUCGAGUUGGUUCCUUUAUAUUCAGGCAAGUCAUUGACAUCGUCCUCAUCGUACGGUGGCACUAGCAAUGAAGUAUAUGUUUCGUCAUUGAAUGUGACAGGGAGUGAUCUUGUUAGUGGUGUAAUUCCUUCCAUUUCACCCCGUUGACAGUGAUAGGCAACAAGUGAACUUAUUGGUAUUAUUAUCAUUGUUAAUGAUAUGUAAAUAUAUACAACCAGUUUCAAUUUUUCAUAAUAUAAUAGAGGACUGUAAUGUGAUAAUCUAGGAAUGGUUGGCAUUUCAGAAUUGUACAACAAAUAAUAGCCAUUUUCCUUGAAUGCAUCAAUUCUCAGAUUUCUCAUUCUUAUACAA